AUGGUUCACGAGAAAACUGCGAUCUUAUCCGUCUACGACAAAACCGGUCUUUUGGACUUGGCCAAAGGUUUGACCGCUGCCAACGUCCGGAUUUUGGCUUCUGGCGGUACUGCCAAGAUGGUCCGUGAGGCCGGCUUCCCUGUUGAGGAUGUUUCUUCGAUCACCCACGCUCCUGAGAUGUUGGGUGGUAGAGUCAAGACUUUGCACCCUGCUGUUCAUGGUGGUAUCUUGGCCAGAAACAUCGAGGGCGAUGAGAAGGACUUGCAAGCCCAAGGCAUUGAGAAGGUCGACUUCGUUGUUUGCAACUUGUACCCAUUCAAGGAGACCGUCUCCAAGGUGGCUGUUACCAUCGAUGAGGCUGUCGAGGAGGUGGACAUUGGUGGUGUUACCUUGUUGAGAGCUGCUGCCAAGAACCACGCCAGAGUCUCCAUUUUGUCCGACCCAUCUGACUACGCCGGUUUCUUGGAGGAGUUGAAGGCUGGCGAGAUCUCCAAGGAGACCCGCAACAGAUUGGCUUUGAAGGCUUUUGAGCACACUGCUGACUACGAUGUCGCUAUCUCUGACUUCUUCCGUAAGCAGUACUCCGAGAACGUCUCGCAAUUGCCAUUGCGUUACGGUGCCAACCCACACCAAAAGCCUGCCCAGGCUUUUGUCUCUCAAGGUGAGUUGCCAUUCAAGGUUUUGGGUGGUUCUCCAGGUUACAUCAACUUGUUGGAUGCCUUGAACUCUUGGCCUUUGGUCAAGGAGUUGUCUGCUUCUCUUAACUUGCCAGCUGCUGCUUCUUUCAAGCACGUCUCCCCAGCUGGUGCCGCUGUUGGUUUGCCAUUGUCCGACGUCGAGAAGAAGAUCUACUUCGUCGAGGACAUCGAGAACUUGUCUCCAUUGGCUAACGCUUACGCCAGAGCUCGUGGUGCCGACAGAAUGUCUUCCUUCGGUGACUGGAUUGCUUUGUCCAACAUCGUCGAUCUCCCAACCGCACAAAUCAUCUCCAAGGAGGUUUCCGAUGGUGUCAUUGCCCCAGGUUACUCCCCAGAGGCUUUGGAGAUCUUGAAGAAGAAGAAGGGUGGUAAGUACUGUAUCUUGAAGAUCGACCCUAACUUCACCCCAGACACUUUGGAGUCCAGACAAGUCUACGGUGUCACCUUGCAACAAAAGCGUAACGACGCUAUCAUCAAGGGCACUUCCUUCCAAGAGAUUGUCUCCAAGAACAAGGACUUGACUGAGCAAGGUAUCAUUGACUUGACUGUCGCCACCAUUGCCUUGAAGUACACUCAAUCUAACUCUGUGUGCUACACCAAGAACGGUAUGGUCAUCGGUUUGGGUGCUGGCCAACAAUCCCGUAUCCAUUGUACCCGUUUGGCCGGUGACAAGGCUGACAACUGGUGGUUCAGACAACACCCACGCGUCUUGGGCUUCAAAUGGGCCAAGGGUGUCAAGAGACCUGAGAAGUCCAACGCUAUUGACUUGUACGUCUCUAACCAAAUUCCAACCUCUGAGCCAGAGAAGUCCGAGUACGAGUCCAAGUUUGCUGAGCUCCCUACUCCAUUGACUGCUGAGGAGAGAGCCGAGUGGUUGGGCAAGUUGGAGAACGUUGCUUUGUCUUCUGACGCUUUCUUCCCAUUCCCAGACAACGUCUACCGUGCUGCCAGAUCUGGUGUCAAGUUCGUUGCUGCUCCUUCUGGUUCCGUCAUGGACAAGGCUGUUUUUGCCGCUGCCGACUCGUACGACAUGGUUUACGUCGAGAACCCAAUCCGUUUGUUCCACCACUAA